AUGCAUGAUAGUCAAGAUGCAAUACUGAGAUCACAAUACCUAGAUUUUCUUUUCAUCACAAACAUUACCCCGAGACGGCCACCAUAUAUCGCUACAAUGCCAUCACCUCGAGACAGCUCGGCCCACUGGGAGUCUCAUCUCACUGAUGUGGCUCCGUGCCAUUUCCCUCGACUUGGAGCUUCUCCUUCCGGGCCAAAAAGGCCGAUGACAAUCAAAGUGGCCUUGGACCAAACCCAGGCUCUAAAGGAGCUCUGCGAAUCGAACACCGCUACGCUGCCAGCAGCCCUUCGCGCUGCAUGGAGCUUGGUUCUGCGCUAUUAUACCGGUGCCGAAGAUGUUUGCUUCGGAUACCAGGAUGCGACCACUACAGCUGUUUUGCCGGUAGCACGGCUGGCUGUUGAAGACGACACUGAGAUGUCGCGGUUGAUCGAGACUGCACUGAUUGAGUACGAGGACAGCCUACCGUUCCACGGCGAUGUUCCUUCCAGCGCGAAUGGACCCGUGGGGCAUCGCCUCUACAACACCAUUCUAUCCUUCCGUAGUGCUGCCAAGGUUGGAACUGCACCUCCCUCACGGGCCGCCAACAUGGCUCUACCGGAAGAU